UUAGGCUAGGUGGCUGCAGUCGACCAAAAUAUAAGAAUAAUUUCGUGUUUUUUUUUUUCUCACCAGUUUUGGUACAUACAGUGCGCGGUUUUUUUUCACAACAAGUAUUACAGAGGAGGACAACACUGUUUCAUCAAUGAGAUUUAAAAAGUGAGUUCCUGCUGGUUUAUAGACGUAACCCUCACCAUGGGGAAGAGAUACUACUGCGACUACUGUGACCGCUCCUUUCAGGACAACAUGCACAACAGGAAGAAACAUCUUAAUGGUGUCCAGCACCACAGAUCUAAAAAGGCCUGGUUUGACUACUUCAGAGACUCAUCAGCCAUUCUGUAUGAUGAGCAAGCAAAGAAAGCCUGCAGAAAGUUUCUCCAGAAAGGAAUUUGUGAUUUUGGCCCCAACUGCAGGUUUUCUCACAUGUCUGAAGAAGAUAUGGCUAACUUACAAAGACAAGUGGAGGAUGAACGGCAGCUCAGAGAGGACGCCGAGGACACUUUUAAGCCUGGGCGAUGUAUAGAAGAAUGGCUCUCUAGAAGGGAAAAGAAGCAAACUGCCCUCGGCGUCAAAGGAGAUCGAAAACAUAAAGAAGACAGUGACGACGGUCUAGAAGAGAUUGACGUACCUCCACAGCUGCUCUCCAUCCCUGACCUCCCGCCCUCCCUCCGCCCCCCUCCUCCGGGUGGAUGGAGAGUCAAAGUGAACACAGAGUGGGGCUGAGAGAUAUUCACUUUGUGGUUCAAAUCUCUGUUAAGUGGAUGUUUGACAUUCAGAGUAGGAGGAAGGGUACAGAAUACUUAAAUAAUCAGGAGAUAGUUUGACUUUCAUAUAUAAAGUAACUAGAUGUGUCUGCUUUAAAACAAGGUUUUCAGCUGGUACAUGAAGCAGUUUGAGGUUGUUUCUCUUUUUAAAAACAGGAAUGAAACUGUGUGCAAGAUGGGAGAGGUGAUCUGUUUUUAUGUAGAGGAAUUUCUAAUACAUUCACAUUCCUAGUAACAUUUCACAAAAGAUUCAAGUUUCCUGCGUUAGACUUAAGAUGAACGAAACUAAAUCAAAUUGAAACACCCACUCCUCAGACAGCAAGGUACAGUUAAUCCGAGAUGAGCAAUUCAAUACAGAGAACGCAAAGUAAGCCGUGUAAUUGACAUUUUGGCGGUGUGUUGUAGACAGUAGACUUCACAGUGAGACUCCUCAAAGUAGUGUCAUUUAAUGUCAUGUUGAAGAAAUGGAGGAUUGCAGAGCCAGUGGAAAUAAUUAUUUUGUUUUAUUUUAAUCCUGUGCUGUGUCACCUAGAGAAUCACUGUGCUGACUCAAUUUAAUUUAUCUCCAAGCCACUGGAAAAACACCAUGUUCCAACCUAAUUGUAAAGUUGUCAAACGUGUGAUUGUAUAUUACAUUUAGUAAUGAAAGUUUGGUUAGAAAGUUUGGUAAUACUUCUCCAUCUUUCAGCUUCCUGCAGAUCCCAUUGAGUUGUGACUAAAGUAUUUAUAUUUGUCUCUGACCUUUAUAUUGCUAUAUUACAUAACUCCUCUUGACUGAGGUUUUGCUGAGAUGUAUAUACUUUAAACUGUUUUCACACUUGUUCUGUACUAUUUGCAGCAGAAUGCUCAUUAAAUUGUCUUUUUUUUUUUU